UUCAUCUAUAACAGAUGUAGGUAUACGUGUUAAUACAUACAAUAGCUACAUAAUUAUAUUUUGUGUCAGUGUUAAAUUUUUACAAUGGUUUCAAAAACCCAAAUUAUUUUACACACGUUAUUGGCUGUUUACUUUAUUGAUGAAGUUAAUUGUAAACGAAUAACGCAGUCCCCAUACCAGCAUAUUGCAAAACAGAACUGGGCAAUUUUAAAUAGAAACGAGCCUAUUUCAGAGAAACCUGAUGUAAUUGAAAAAAUCAAAGAAAUACUCGAUUUCAUAUUUAAAAAACAAAAUAGGGUAUACGAAGAACGGGAAAAAGAAUGGGAAAAAAGAUACGAAGAAAUAAGGAAAAAAUACGAAAAACUGGUGAAAGAAAACGAAGAAUUGGAGAAAGAAAUAUUCGGAAGUAAAAGUUCGGGAAAUGAUUCAAGUUUGCCUGUGCAAGUGUACAACAACACCAUACCAUAGCAGUUGAAUUGCAGUGACGAUGUGCCAAUGCCAAUGAUGAAGAAAAAAUUAAAACGUAGAGGUCUAUGUACAACGAUGCCGGUGGUGAUUUUCGUGUACGAAACAUAGAUGGCUUGGGCCCCAUAAUCGGAAAUUUUUAUUGUCAAUUUUUUUCAUCAAGUCGAGGGUUUAAGUUGGGGACCCAUCAUUUACCUCGAGGACUUACGAAUUUGCGUACCUGCUUAUCUGCUGAAAUCCAUUGUUUUCGAGGUCGUAGAAUUCGAAUCUGGAGUUAUUUUUUUGUAGAGGUGGGAGGUGAGGCGUGGGGAGGGGAAAAUUUCAAAUUUCGCUUGAUCAUGAAAGAAACCUCCCGAUCUUGUGGUCUCUCAAGCUAUUUUAAUCUUCUUCUAUUGAGCCUUUCCCAAGUUGGAAAAAACUUUUAAAAAUGGAAUAAGUAGAUUAAAGUCAAAGAUUUUUUUGUUGAAGUUUUCACAUUUCUGUUCAAAAUUCGUCUGGAUGCGAGGAUUUUAAAAAAAAUAUCUUCCUUGCCCUGCCCUGCCUUCCCCCUCCUCAAAAAAAAAAUAAUAUCAGUUUAUUUGUACGGAGUCCAACAGCAUUUUUUUUGAAGGGAAAUCAUUGGAUUUUCAAAAUUUUCAUGGUAUUGAAUACCCAGUAAAAUGGUUGAAUUUUCGAUGACCUUGAAAUGCUUUACUAAAAAUGAUAUUUUUCAUGAUGGAUCUUAGAACGACCUCGAAACUCAAUUUCCAAAAUAAUUUUUUUUUUCGAAUAAAAAUCCCAUCCUAAUAAUUGAUUUACUUUUUAAUACUGGCGUUAGCAGGGCCAGUCACUCAAUCAGAGCUCGUAUGUAUUUGUUUGGAAAACAAACGAACGUGGAAAAACGAAAAGAUGUGAGGUUAUGUGAGGACAAAUUGUACGUAGCUGUCUAAAAAAAUGUAAACAAUUUAUUUAGGUUAAAUAUUGGACUAUUUUUGUUAUUACGAUUCAAUUACGAACCGUUGAUUAUAGUAUUACAUAAUUAUGUGUUAUCUAUGUGUAUGUACUUAUUCGUUCUCAUAUGACAGACGUUCUAGUGA